UCCACGCAGACUUUAACUCAACAUAUAUCCUAUAAUAACUAAAUAUAUCCUAUAAUACCUGAACAUAUAUCCUAUAAUACCUGAACAUAUAUCCUAUAAUACCUCACCAUGCACAGGUUAAAGCUGGUUUCAGGACAUUUGUCUUCUUCUUCUUCUCCAGACAGAAGAACAGUAAACAGAGCAGAGUGUAAAGCUGACUGCAGCCUGCAGGACGUAGUGCUGGUUCACUGCAGGAGGACUGCUGUGUGUCGGGCCAAGAGAGGAAGCUUCAAGAGUGGAGAGCAUGUCGCUGCAGUCGAUGGGAAACCCUGGAGAUCUGAGCUCCAGGCUGAUGGACGUCGAUAAGGCCAGAGAUUGCAUCAUCCCGAUGGGCAUCACCUCAGAAAACGUGGCAGAGAGAUUCGGGAUCUCCAGAGAGAAACAAGACGCCUUCGCUCUCAGUUCUCAGCAAAAAGCAGCGAGGGCGCAGAGCUUGGGCCUGUUCGACCAGGAGAUCGUCCCGGUCACCACCAAGUUUGUGGACAACGAGGAUAAAGAGCGGCAGGUGACGGUUGCUAAGGACGACGGGAUCCGACCCGGGACGACGCUGGCGGGACUCAACAAACUGCGGCCGGCCUUCAAACCCGACGGCAGCACGACAGCAGGUAACUCCAGCCAGGUGAGUGAUGGAGCAGCGGCCGUGCUGGUCGGUCGCAGGUCUGCGGUGGAGGCUCUGGGUCUGCCGGUGUUGGGGGUCCUGAGGGGCAGCGCGGUGGUCGGAGUCCCUCCUGAUGUCAUGGGUAUCGGACCGGCGGUCGCCAUCCCAGCAGCUCUGCAGCAGGCCGGACUGACUGUAGAUGAUAUUGACGUGUUUGAAAUCAACGAGGCCUUCGCCAGUCAGGCGGUUUACUGCGUAGAGAAACUCGGCAUCCCGAUGGAGAAGGUGAACCCAAACGGUGGAGCCAUCGCCCUCGGUCAUCCUCUGGGCUGCACCGGCGCUCGCCAGGUGGUGACGCUGUUCAACGAGCUCAGACGUCGAGGCAGGAGAGCUUACGGCGUCGUGUCCAUGUGCAUCGGCACCGGGAUGGGAGCCGCUGCUGUGUUUGAAUACCCAGGACCUUAAACACUGACCUCAAAUCAGCACUUUUCUUACUGUGAUUAGAAAAACUCCUCUCAGACAGGAGAGGUCAUCUGUAAAUGCUCCGUUAAUGCCGAGUCCUCCAAUAAUCUGCCUUCUUAAAGCCUUUUAACCUUAGUGUCGUCUGUUUUGACUGUUCCUUCUUUCCUCUGUCCAUAUUGCCUUCUUCUUUUCCUUUCUCCCUCCUUCUCUUUCUUUCCUUUCCUACCUCCCUUCCUACCUCCCUUUGUUCUUCCUCCCUCCUUUCCUUCCUUCUUCCUCCCUCCUUUUUCUUCUUCCUCCCUCCUUUCCUUCCUUCUUCCUCCCUCUUUCUUUCCUUCGUUCCUUUCCUUCCGCCGUUCCUUCUUGCCUUCCUCUUUUCCUUUCUCCCUCCUUCUUUCCUACUUCCUUUCCUUCAUUCUUCCUCCCUCCCUCCCUUCCUUCUUCCUCCCUCCUCCUCCCUCCUUUCUUCUUCCUUUCCUUCCUUCGUUGACACGAGGACAAUGCAGGCUGCAGUGAUUUAAAUAUUCAGUGAAGGUAAAACAUCAGCUACUAAUAAAUGGUGUGAUGAUUUAUUGGAGAAGUGUGAAGGUUUUAUACCAACGUUAACAAAUCAAUGAUUCAAAAUAUGUUUAAAAAUCUAAUAAUUAACUUAAUCAAGCAGCUGAAGCUCGUCAACGGGCUUAAUAACGAGUUAAUUAAUAGAAUCAGGUGAGUUAGAGUCGAGAGAAACCUAAAACAUGCAGGCAGCAGCUCUACAAAUAUUGUUCCAUGUGAGUUGCUGCUUCAUAGUUCAGGUAACAGGAGGUGAUUAAGUGCCUUUGAUUUAAUGCAGCUGAUCAAUUUAUCUGCAUUAAUUAGAUGUUUCAGAUGUUUUGUAAUUCAGUGAAGAUGAAUAUUGAUGAGUUUAAUCACUGUCAUCAUUAAAAACUGCAACUAAUUCUGCUUAAAUUAAACUUAUUAAACGUGUUAUUACAAAUGUUAUAACUCAAACUACACAAAAGACAAGUUGUAAUAAAGUGGAAUUACCCUUUAAAAAUAAAACUGUAAAUGUUUGUUUAAUUAAUGUAUGAUGCAUAUUUUUUUUAAUGAUACUUAUUUCCAGUCAUGAAAAAAAUAAAAUCAAAAUGAAAUUCAAAAAC